GUUACAUGCUAAACCGUCCGGCCACAGUUGUAAGCAAUGGAAGGUAGACCGAGCAGAGGCAGAGGCGGCAGUUGGAAAAGAGGCGGCCGGGGUGGAAACGACGGCGACAGCGGUGGCGGUGAACACCGGGGCAGAGGCCGAGGAGGACACUACCGAGGCCGGGGGAAAAGAGACCACUACCGCGGUCGUGGACGCGGGGGAGGCGGCCAUGCAGCAGAGUUCCAUCACCGGAAUCGAGAUGAAGAGGACAACGUUCAGGAGGAAGACGACAGGAGGGAGGUGUUCUCCAGAAGGAAACUGGAGUCAAACUGGGAUCGAUAUGAGGCGUCAGAGAGGCAGGAGCCUGACGAUGACACACCCACUCAGAGAGGAACGGACUACCAAGUCCUGCUGGAGUCAGCAGGGGAUUCCUUCACUCAAUUCCGGUUUUCAGAAGAAAAGGACUGGGAGAUGGACUCAUUUGCAGCCAGUCAGAGGAACUGCAUAUUGCAGGACCUUAUUGAUCCAAGAUGA